CUGGGCAAAUCCUGACAGAGUCACGUACAGAGAUUAGUUACUUCGAAGCCAUAUACACACUUGCUACAAGAAGGAGCUAGAAGAGGGGAGAAGGGGAGAGAGGCAUUUGAAGCGAAGACCAAGCCCCAAGGGACCGAUCAUGGUCAUGAGGAGGACAGGGCUCGCUCUGCCGGUGGUGGUGGCGGUGCUGCUGCUCUCGGCCGUGCUCGGCGCGGCGCGGCCGUUGGCGGGCGGCGGGUGGGCGAUCCCGGGAAGUAGCAGGGGAGAGCCGCUGCCGGACGGCGGCAUCUCCAUCAUCGAGGCGAUCCGGCAGCUGUACCUGCAGCAGCUAGGAGGGCCGGGGGCGUCGUGUCAGACGAACAGCCCCAACAACGGGUGCCCGCCGUAAGAUCAGGGCGGACGACGCAUCCAAGCCGUACGUGCGUCCGAUCGUUCUAUUCCGAGCUUUGCGCGUGGAGGAUCUCCACCGAUCGACCGACGGACGGAUCAAAAGGAUGCAUGGGAUCUGGGAUCCAAUGGCCGUUAACCUGGCUCUGUGUUGGACCUCAAGGUUUUUUUUCCCUUGGUGAUCGAUAGUCGGAUUUGUUGACUGAUUGGUUUCUUGGUAAUUUUUGCCCAUGCACGUGCGUAUGGUGGGCGGCAAUUUGUGUAUAGGCACAACAUGUGUGUUUGAAUACAGAAAUAGAAACGUACACGUUCGGUUUCUUUUUAAAA